GCAUUGCUGAAGUAUUCCGAUGUUUUAUUUGUAUGGAGAAAUUGCGUGAUGCACGUCUGUGUCCCCAUUGCUCCAAGCUAUGUUGUUUCAGUUGUAUUCGGCGUUGGCUGACUGAACAAAGAGCUCAGUGCCCUCAUUGUAGAGCCCCACUGCAGCUACGAGAGCUGGUCAACUGUCGUUGGGCAGAAGAAGUCACACAACAACUUGAUACACUUCAACUGUGCAAUCUCACCAAGCAUGAAGAAAACGAAAAAGACAAGUGUGAAAACCAUCAUGAAAAACUUAGUGUGUUCUGCUGGACCUGUAAGAAGUGUAUCUGUCACCAGUGUGCACUUUGGGGAGGAAUGCACGGAGGACAUACUUUUAAGCCACUGGCAGAAAUUUAUGAGCAGCAUGUCACAAAAGUAAAUGAAGAAGUGGCAAAGCUUAGGAGAAGACUCAUGGAAUUGAUCAGUUUAGUGCAAGAAGUGGAGAGGAAUGUGGAGGCAGUGCGCAGUGCAAAGGAUGAACGGGUUCGGGAAAUCAGAAAUGCAGUGGAGAUGAUGAUUGCCCGGUUAGACACUCAGCUGAAGAAUAAGCUUAUAACGUUAAUGGGUCAAAAGACAUCACUUACCCAAGAAACUGAACUUCUGGAAUCCCUGCUCCAGGAAGUAGAACAUCAGUUACGAUCAUGUAGUAAGAGUGAGUUGAUAUCCAAGAGUUCAGAGAUCCUCAUGAUGUUCCAGCAGGUUCAUCGGAAACCCAUGGCCUCGUUUGUCACUACUCCGGUUCCUCCGGACUUCACAAGUGAAUUAGUUCCUGCCUAUGACUCAACCACCUUUGUCUUGGAAAACUUCAGUACGUUGCGUCAACGAGCAGAUCCUGUUUACAGUCCGCCUCUUCAAGUGUCAGGACUUUGCUGGAGGUUAAAAGUUUAUCCAGAUGGGAACGGAGUGGUACGGGGCUACUACCUGUCUGUGUUCUUGGAGCUGUCGGCUGGAUUGCCAGAGACAUCCAAGUAUGAGUACCGCGUGGAAAUGGUUCACCAGUCCACCAAUGAUCCAGCUAAAAACAUAAUUCGAGAGUUUGCCUCUGAUUUUGAAGUUGGAGAAUGCUGGGGUUACAACAGAUUUUUUCGUCUAGACUUGCUAGCCAAUGAAGGCUAUUUAAACAGACAAAAUGAUACUGUGAUUUUAAGGUUCCAAGUGCGCUCACCGACCUUCUUCCAAAAGUGUCGAGAUCAACACUGGUACAUUGCUCAGCUGGAAGCAGCUCAGACAAGUUACAUCCAACAAAUAAAUAACCUUAAAGAGAGGCUUGCAAUUGAACUUUCCCGGACCCAGAAAUCACGAGGCAUUUCACCUCCAGACACUCAUCUUAGUCCCCAGAAUGAUGAUGGUCCAGAAACCAGAUCAAAGAAACCUGGACAAAGUGCUGAAGUACUACUUGAGAAUGUUGCCGCUCCAGGAGUGCGAGAUAGCAAGGAAGACGAUGAGGAGAAGAUCCAGCAUGAAGACUUUAACCAUGAACUCUCUGAUGGUGACCUGGACGUAGAUCUAGCUGGAGAAGAUGAAAUAAACCACCUUGAUGGUAGCAGCUCUUCAGCAAGUUCGACAGCAACUAGUAACACUGAAGAAAAUGAUAUUGAUGAAGAAACUAUGUCUGGUGAAAAUGAUGUAGAAUAUAGUAAUAACAUGGAGUUGGAAGAAGGAGAUCUCAUGGAGGAUGCUGCUGCUGCUGCUGCUGCUACUCCUGGAGCAUCAGGUACUAGCCAUGGCUAUGCCAAUGCAAAUGGAAGAUCUUCAAGGCGGGGAGGAAGUACCCUAGGCUCAGCAGCUAGUAGCAGCUUAUUAGAUAUAGAUCCCUUGAUUUUAAUCCACUUGUUGGAUUUGAAAGACAGAAAUGGUAUGGAAAACCUUUGGGGCCUUCAGCCACGUCCACCUGCCUCUCUUUUGCAGAACAGAGCAUCAUCCUAUUCUCUGAAAGAUCGAGAUCAGCGGAGACACCAGGCAAUGUGGCGUGUGCCUCCUGACUUGAAGAUGCUGAAGAGACUGAAAACUCAGGUGGCUGAAGUUCGAAGCAAAAUGUCUGAUGUAAAAAACCAACUGUCAGAAGUAAGAAGCAGCAAUAAUGCUGGCACGUGUGAUGGACAACCCAGCUUCUUCUCUGUUGAUCAGGGUGCUCUAGCUGCCUGUGGAACAGAAAGCUGCAGCAAGUUACAAGAAAUAGGAAUGGAACUACUGACAAAGUCUUCAGUUACGAGUUGUUACAUAAGGAAUCCUGCAAGUAAGAAAAGUAAUUCACCUAAACCUAUUCGAUCUGGAGCAGCAGGUAGUCUGUCUCUGCGAAGAGCUAUGGACUGUGGGGAUGGUAAUCUUCGUUCAAAGGGAGAUGGUCAAACUUCUGAAGGUGGCAUAGGAAGUUCCAAGUCGAGCAGCAGACAUAACUCUCCUAGGCCCCUGACUGGCAGUAAUGUUUCUGAAGCACUGCCGAAGCCCGAGGAAAGACCUUGUGAAGGUUUGGAUUCUGAUAUGGGAACUUCUGGCUUAAAUGGCUUAGCUGCUCUAGAGAAGACCAGAAAAGCUGGAGCACUGGGAUCAAAUUCUAAAGGACGUCAUACAGAAGAAACGCAGUCAGCUGAUCUGGAGAACAACUUGGAAACUGGUGAACUACAGGGCAUGCUUUCUGAAGGUGCUUCAGCUGCGGCAGAAGAAGCUGGGAUAUGUCAGAAGCAUGUCCUUCAUCUCCUACCAGGAAUGAGCAGUGAUAGUGACAUUGAAUGUGACACAGAAAAUGAAGAGCAGGAGGAUGCCACCUCCACCUCAGAGGGGUUUAACCAUGCCUUUUCUGUCCAGUCCUCAAGUGAAGCCUUAGAGCGGUGCGCAGUAUUUCCAGAGGGCGAUCAAGCAGGUUCUGAUGAUCUCAGCUUUGUUACUGGAGAAGACAGCACCAGAUAGAGAACUGGCUUGGUGCCUGAAGACUGGCCGGCUUGUGUUCCUGGGAAGAGGCACAUUGUUCGUUGGAGCUUAGUCCAAGGCCGCUGUUUUUGGUUGCAUGCACGCUCCAUUCUGUCAAGGACCAUUGUGCAGUACUGCUACAGUCAUCUUAAACCUGUUACUAGGGCAAAGUGACCUUUGAAAGCAUUAUAGCAAAGGCUGCAUUCCUACUGGCUCUGCCAGAUUCAGAGGCACAUGCUCUGAAAAAAUGUCCAAAAGGUGCUGCAGCCCUAUUUCAAGAUGUUUGUCUUAUUAUGUCAUGAGAAUAGCAGAGAACGUGUGAAUGUCCUCCUUUUUAAUGCUAUGAGCUGAUUGUGUAAGACUGCUGAAUCCCACAGAUACAAUGAUUUGAAAGUUGGGGUAAAGUAAUUGGCAUGAAAGUUGUUUUUCUCAGUCUGUAACAUGGACCAACUGCACACAUUGCCAAACUUUUUGCCACUGUGCAUUGUGUUUUGAGCUGCUAAACUACUUGUGAAGCUAUGAUGAAAGCUGAAUAGCUGGUUAUUGAAAAAGCAUGAAUAAGUGUAACUGAUAGUUGUCCUUGUCUCAGCUGACUGUACUUAAGAAGUUCAUUUUUGUAUGAAUGUUCCACAGUGUAAGUAAGUGCUGUACAACUCAUAGUUUAAAACUGUUUGCACUUUGUUAAUAAAAUGUAUGGUGAAAGCUGGUGUAAAACUUGAGACAUUCAUGUGUAAAUGAGUAACAUGCUAGAGAAUGCCUGUUUGGGUAGGUAAUACGCUACUACAAGCUUGAUCAGUCUUUAGUGCUAAAUUGCUGUAAUGCCUGGCUGCUUAUGAGAAGAGUUUUCUCCUGCCAGACAUACAUUGCCUUAGUGUGCAUUCAGAUAGGAUCCCCAACUUCUACCUGUAAAUUGGUUCUUUAUGUGACAAAUAUUUCUGUAUUUCUUGGCCUAAAGGAAUAAGAUGCAAGUCUAAUCUGGCUUGCACACAAAUUGUUCCAACUGAUGAGUACUGAGGACAGUUUAUGGCAAGCUGCACACUAUGGUACUGAAUACUGAUAGUGUUUACUGUUUUACAGGACUGCAUGUUGAUUAUUAUACACAGCUCAAUUAGCAGUAAUCAGAGACCUGCCUCUUUGGUGCUUGCAGCUGCUUUACUCUUAAUCUGAGGCCCAAGCUGAAGGAAAUUAUUUUAAUUAGCCACAUUUCCUACUCUGGGUUUAGUGUCUGACCUUUGCAGCGACAAGAAGAGCAGGUAACAUCAUACUUUGCUUGCCUUAUGAAGAAAUUAUACACUGCAAUUUUUGUUAAACAAGCUGUAGGUAAACAGGCUUGGAAGCCUAAUUUACAUAACUAAUUUACACUGAAACUGGUCCUAAACUGACGAAGCCAUAGCAGCAAGUUCCUUUUCUGACUGUAAAGUAGAUCAUAAAGGGCUGCAGUGGGCCUUUUUAUUCCCCCAGCUAUACUGAAGAAGUUACCAGCAAGUACACCGGUAUCUUACAACUCCAUGCCAAAGAGUCAUAUUUUCUGUUCUAUCUCAAGCAGAGGAAAUCUGCUUUCACCACAGUAAAGACACUUAAUACAGAUAUUCUGGUUAUUUAUAAGCUAAAAAUGAUAGCAACCAACAUCUGAAAUGUUUUAAAUUACUGUUUUUAUUAAGAUAUUGGUAAAACUUCAACAGUUUUUCUGUAUAAACAGCUUUCAUAAAUAAAAUAUGGAUGACUAAUACAUAAUCAUAACUGAAGUCAUAGGUGAACUGUAGAACGAGGUUGCAAAUGGAAGAGUCCCAAUACUGUUAAGUGAUUAGCUUAAUUUAUUCACUUCAUAAAGAACAUUAGUUUCGUGAACAAGAUAACACAGAUAUUUUAACAGGAGCACCCAGUGUAGCAACCGACAACGCACCUGGCUAUCCACAGAAGUACUCAUUUCGGAGUAGAAGUACUCAGGAUCAUCUCAGCCAACUUUUGCUAUUCUUGUUUCAAAAUAUCUUUCUUUUUCCUCUCCUGUAUUCUACACAACAGCCUAACAAAAUGCAAUUAUGACAUACAAGAGUUGUACUAAAACCUCAUAGGUGGGAGUUUUCUUUCUUUAGUUUUAAUGCUGGCAAGUAUAGUGCGACCAUCUGAUUAACAGUGACGGGAAAAGGACGUGAACAUUUAAGUCAGAGGUUGCGUUAUGCUUCGUUAUUACUUAUUGCACAUGAUACAAGGGUAGAAAGUUUUGUUCCUGUUGCAAAGAGGAUAUGAAUUAAAGAAAGAUUGCCCUAAAUUAUAGGCAUGAACAAAGCUGCAGUAUCCCCCCUUCAAUGGCUUUGUCUGUGUGACUAGUGCUGAGUGAAUAAAUUAUGCUAAAACAGCCACUAAUUUAGAUCAAUCUUUCUCUCUCUCUCUCUUUUUUUUUUUUUUUUUUUUUUUUUUUAAAAGCAGAACAUUGCCAGGGUAGGGUGUGUUUAGUGAAAAGAUAGUGGACCUGAACUACAGCAGUCAUGUCUAUAACCGCGGAACUCUUUAUGCCUCGUCCUCUCUGCCCGUAGGACAAUGCAUUUCUCACUGACACACAGUGUUCCAAAAACCAGGUGGAGUUUCUAUGACAAUGUGCCACUAUAAAUGUGGCAUAAGUUAAAGUCUGCUUAGGCAUUGUCCUUCAGUGUUACAAUGCAAUCUAAAUUAAAUACUGAAUGAUUUUUAACUUGCAAGGACAAUUAAUUGAUGGCACUUGUAGGUAAAGAAAAUGUGUAUAUACAUGCAUUUCCACCCACCUUUAGUGCAAAUCGAAAUGGGUUAACAGCUCCCUGGUCUGGUGCUAUACUGCUCUCUGCAAGGCAGACAUUCCUCAGAGUUGCACAUUUAAAAAGUGUACACAGGAAACUAUUAGAGUGGGGAUUGAAUGAAUCCCUCUACUACUCACAGUGAAUAGCUUAAAAGCAAGUUUUGAGCAGCUUCAGACAAACAGCCUGAAGUCCAUUUCUCAAAACCAACACAAUUAAAAAAAAAAAAAAAGUUUUCACUACCUACCUCCUAGUUCUGCAAACACGUUUAACAUGUAAACUGAAACUGAUGCAGAUUGUGUUAACUUGAAAAAGGGAUACUUCAGCUCUUUAUUGGAAAUAUUUGUUAUACAAAUUUCACCACCACUAAGAUACACAAUAAAAAUACAAAACACAGGUCACAGACUGAAUCUCAGUAUCAACAAUUAAUAAAUACAAUUAGAUACUUUUAUAUUAGCCUAGUAUUUUUACAUUGUCACCAGAUAGACAAUCAAAGUACAAGAUACAGAACAUUUAGAUACCAUCAGAGGGGGUAUUAUUGCUUACGUUAGCAAGCAGCAAAUAAGGGCACAGGAUUUUGAACUGAAGAGAACUACUUCCUAUCACCAGUGGCAUUAAGAGAAAACACUGCAUUUCACAAAGCACUGCUUUUUUGUCUAGUGUGUAGAAUCAAGAGCAGCAUAUAUCAGACCAAUAACCACUACUUUUAAUAGUAUAGAACUUUUAAAGGACUUACUUACCUUACAAAUGGUUCCUAUCUACUCUAUAAAUAUGCAUUUAGUGAAGAAAUGAACACUUGCUAUCUAUACAAUAUUUUACCUGACCACACUGGAACUACGAUGGUAAAUUUUUCUCCUAGCAAGAUAAAUGUUAUGAGCAGCAGAAUUAUCAUUUAUGAAUCCACACCUAAAAAGCUAUAUCCUUCCCAAAGCAGCACACAUACAUGCAGUCCAGUGCUCUUCAACUACUCCUGCAGACUGGGAAGAAGUUUAUCAUCCAUCACAUUUUUCAUUCUUAUUUACUCAUACAAAGAAUUGCACUUACACCACCUUUCUUUCAGAAGCAUGACUGUCAACUAGAAGAUGGACUUUCAAUGCAUCAUUAUUACUGUGAAUAAUUUAAAAUAAAGGCACCACAGAGAUGCCCCAUAGUUGCAUAUUUUAUUGUUUCAUGAUUCCUCAAAUUUCCUUAGUAAAUCUGGCUUGGAACAUAUGCUGCAUCUAAAGAGAGUGUUGACAACAGCUAAGGCUUAAUAAGAUGACAGGUAAGAGCCAAUGAUCCCAAAAGAUUUAAAAAAAAAAAAAAAAAAA